AUGGGCAAGGCCAAGUACAUCAUGCUCGACUGCGACAACACGCUCGUCCAGUCAGAGCGUGUUGCCUUUGCGGCCUGCGCCGAGCUCACCAACGAGGUGAUGAAGAAGCACAACAUCGACGCCACAUACACGGCCGACUCGCUCCUCGAGGACUUUGUAGGCCACAACUUCCGCGGUAUGCUCAAGGGCCUGCAGAAGAAGCACAAAUUCACCAUGCCUGAGGAGGAGCUUGAGGACUUUGUCCAGCAGGAGCUGGGUGCCGUCACCCGCAAGCUCAGCCAGGAGGCCGUCGAGUGCCCUGGUGUCACCGUCGAGCUGAACAAGCUCAAGGAGCAGGGCUACCCCAUGUCUGUUGUCAGCACCUCGGCCAAGAGCCGUGUGGUUGCCUCGAUUGAGAAGGCUGGCAUUGCCCACUUCUUCCCUCCCGAGCACGUCUACUCUGCCGCCACCUCCCUGAACCCACCCAGCUCCAAGCCUGACCCGGCCAUCUACCUUUACGCUGCUGAGCAGCUGGGUGUCAAGCCCCAUGAGGCUGUCACGGUUGAGGACUCCAAGAGCGGUGCCACUGCUGCCAUGCGCGCGGGCAUUCCCUGCAUCGGCUACGUUGGUAUCUACGGUAUCGAGGAGGGCAAGGAGAAGAUGGAGCAGAUGGCCAAGCUCCUUACCGAAGAGACCAAGUGUGCUGCCAUCAUGUACGACUGGAAGGAGUUCCAGGACUGCCUGAAGAAGGUCGAGGCCAAGAUGUAA